CUAAUAUGUAAGUAGAUUCUGGGCGCUGAGCGUCUGUAGUAGUUCUACUCAAUAAUGAGUCUGUGCUUCCAGUUUAUAUCGACCAGUAAUACUCCGUGAUAUGAUGCUUUAAUACAAACUACCCUCGCUCAGCGGGAUUGCUGGGGAAGAGUUCAUCGGAGAUUAAAACAUUCCAGCGAGGCGCUUCCCAACGAUUGUCGUUUCUACAUAGUUCCGACAUCGAAUGUGAUCUUGCUCUUAUUGAACCAGAGUAAUACACGUGUAACGGUCUUCGAGCGCUAGGCGUCUUCGUGUUUCAGCCCCAAGGAAGAUUUUUGUUUGUUUUCCAGGUCGUGAAUAAUUUUAGUCUCCAGAGUUAGCUUUGUCACCAUCAUCAGGCCUCCUGAUCAUGUCCGAGCCAAGCUUCUGCUUACUAGCCGUCCUUUAUGGGGACGAUUCAAGUUAAAAGCCAGCUAAGUAGUGCUACCGGCCUCAUCAACACCAACCAUGACCACAUCUCCCUACACUAUCAUCGGGACGCCAUUCAGCACCUUCACCCGAUCUAUCACACUCGCAUUGACUUACAAGGGAUUACCCUUCAAUCAAGUUAGAUGUGUUCCACAUUCAGACACAGCCUAUGACAACCAUCCGUUCGGAUUUCUACCCACACUAGUCAUCCACGAAAUUGAUGGCAAACCAGUCAAUCUGAAACUGCGCGAGAGCCCAGCGAUCGCGCGCUUCAUUGACAGGGUCGCACCAGAACCUAGCCUGCUCAUCACCCCGGGCCAUGGGAAGGCCCUCAUCGAGGAACAGAUGUGGGAGUUUGUUAGUCUUGCUAGUGCACAUGGUCUCCCUGCCGUUGAGAAAGGGGUCGUGAAACCCCGCGUAGCUGCCACCGACGCAGGCAACCUUACAGAUUCUGAGAUUCGCGAACAAAUCAAACCAGGCGUGGAGCAUCUUCAGAAAUUUCUUCAUCAAAUGGAAGAACUAAUGGCAGACGAUGGCUAUGUGUUCGGAAGCAAGCUGAGCUGGGCGGACUUCUUUUUGUUCCCGCUUCUUGCAGACCUGAAAGCAACCCCGGAGGGCGAGUUGCUUUCGCCCAGGUUGCUGAAAUGGAUGGAGGAAAUGAACAAGUUGGAGGCAGUUCAGGUCACCACUCCGGGCACCUUGAGUGUUGGUGCGAGACCCCCUUAAUCACCCAAGUUCAAGCAGUGCAGCGUACUUGGACAGAGUCUUGUGAAGUCAUCUUUCGAUCUAAGUGUGAUAUGUA